CACGGGGUGGGCGGAGUCGUGUCGCGGUGCGGUACGCGGCGGGCGGGCGGGCGUCGGAGGCUGAGGGAACCCGAGCGGGUCCGUGUGGGCCGCAGCGGCCGCGGUUGGGCUCCUCCCCGUCCCUGCCCUAAGCGGCCGCCCGGAGAGCUCAGAAAGGGGGCCGGGGGGAGCCGCCCCCGGCCGGCCGCAGUCAUGAACUCCAAUGUCGAGAACCUGCCUCCCCACAUCAUCCGCCUGGUGUACAAGGAGGUGACCACCCUGACCGCAGAUCCGCCGGAUGGCAUCAAGGUCUUUCCCAACGAGGAGGACCUCACUGACCUGCAGGUCACCAUCGAGGGCCCUGAGGGGACCCCAUACGCUGGAGGUCUGUUCCGCAUGAAGCUCCUACUGGGGAAGGAUUUUCCUGCCUCCCCACCUAAGGGCUACUUCCUGACUAAGAUCUUCCACCCAAAUGUGGGUGCCAAUGGUGAAAUCUGUGUCAAUGUGCUCAAGAGGGACUGGACUGCUGAGCUGGGCAUCCGACACGUGCUGCUGACCAUCAAGUGCCUGCUGAUCCACCCUAACCCCGAGUCUGCACUCAAUGAGGAGGCUGGCCGCCUGCUUUUGGAAAACUACGAGGAGUAUGCUGCCCGGGCCCGUUUGCUCACAGAAAUCCAUGGUGGUGCAGGUGGGCACAGCAGUGGGAGGCCUGAUGCUAACCGGGCCCUGGCCAGUGCCUCUGCAGCCUCUUCCACUGACACCAUGGUCCCUGGGGCCCUUGGAGGGGCUGAGGGGCCCAUGGCUAAGAAGCAUGCAGGCGAGAGAGACAAGAAGCUGGCCGCCAAGAAAAAGACGGACAAGAAGCGGGCACUAAGGAGGCUGUAGUGGGCUCUUCCCACCCCUGAUCCAACUCUUCCCCAUCUGUUCCUUCUCUCCCACUCUGUCUCUAAGUUAUUUAAAUUAUGGCUGGGCUGGGGGAGGGUUGGGAGGGCACUGGGACCUGGAUUUGUUUUUCUAAAUAAAGUUGGAAAAGCAAUUUC